AAAAGCUUUCAUCUUUACCGGUCAUGGACGGUGGUUCAGGUCAACCGGCGGCUGAUACAGAGAUGACGGAAGCUCUGGGUGGUGUUCCCGCGGCGGCUUCUUCUCAGCCAUCGCCUCAGAUGCCUGGGAUUGAGAAUAUUCCGGCGACUCUUAGCCAUGGUGGUAGGUUUAUUCAGUAUAACAUAUUUGGAAACAUCUUUGAGGUCACCGCUAAGUAUAAGCCUCCGAUCAUGCCUAUUGGCAAGGGUGCUUAUGGCAUCGUUUGUUCGGCUAUGAACUCUGAAACAAAUGAGAGCGUUGCAAUUAAGAAAAUCGCUAACGCUUUUGACAAUAAGAUUGAUGCAAAGAGGACUCUCCGUGAGAUUAAGCUGCUUCGUCAUAUGGAUCAUGAAAAUAUUGUUGCAAUCAGAGAUAUAAUCCCGCCACCAUUAAGAAACGCUUUCAACGAUGUUUACAUCGCGUAUGAGCUAAUGGACACUGAUCUCCAUCAAAUCAUUCGGUCGAAUCAAGCAUUAUCCGAAGAACAUUGCCAGUAUUUUCUUUACCAGAUCCUCCGUGGAUUGAAAUACAUUCAUUCCGCAAAUGUGCUUCACAGGGAUUUGAAACCAAGUAAUCUCCUCCUGAACGCAAACUGCGACCUAAAAAUCUGCGAUUUUGGGCUAGCUCGAGUCACUUCCGAGAGUGAUUUCAUGACUGAAUAUGUUGUCACGAGAUGGUACCGUGCACCAGAGCUGCUAUUAAACUCUUCUGAUUAUACUGCAGCUAUCGAUGUUUGGUCUGUAGGCUGUAUUUUCAUGGAGUUAAUGGACCGUAAGCCACUUUUCCCUGGACGAGAUCAUGUCCAUCAGCUUCGCUUGCUCAUGGAGCUCAUAGGAACUCCAUCAGAAGAAGAGCUUGAGUUCUUGAACGAAAACGCAAAGCGAUACAUAAGACAGCUUCCACCUUAUCCUCGCCAAUCCAUCACUGAUAAGUUCCCGACAGUGCAUCCCUUAGCUAUAGACCUUAUUGAGAAGAUGUUAACAUUUGAUCCUAGACGGAGAAUCACAGUUUUAGACGCAUUGGCCCAUCCAUACCUGAACUCGUUGCACGACAUAAGCGAUGAGCCAGAGUGUACGAUACCUUUCAACUUUGACUUUGAAAACCAUGCACUCUCAGAGGAGCAAAUGAAGGAACUUAUCUACCGCGAGGCGCUUGCUUUCAAUCCAGAAUAUCAGCAAUAGUUUGAAGAACAGCAUUUGGGAGAUGAAGAUGAGAUCUGGGUUUGGUUUUAUUUGGUUUGGACAACAUUCUUAAAAGGAGGAAAAGAUCAUUGUUUGUCUUUUGUGUAUACUUGUGCGAGAUGUUUGAAGGGGAUGGGGCUCAAACUUUAUAUUUUCA